UGUGUUCCGGAUUCAGAUGGUUUGAGAGACCAGAUUCUGGAAGAAGCGCACAAGUCUGCUUAUAGUGUUCAUCCGGGUUCUACUAAGAUGUACCAUGAUCUAAAGGGUACCUAUUGGUGGAGCGGGAUGAAGAAGGAUGUCGCUGAGUAUGUUUCUAAGUGUCUGACAUGCCAGCAGGUGAAGCUGGAGCAUCAGAGACCUUUUGGUUAUUUGCAACCACUACCUAUUCCAGAGUGGAAGUGGGAGCGGAUUGCUAUGGAUUUUGUGGUUGGUUUACCACGUACUCGACAGGGGUACGAUUCCAUCUGGGUUAUAGUUGACCGUAUGACCAAGUCAGCUCAUUUCCUUCCGAUUAAGGUUUCGUAUACCGCUUCGAGGUUGGCUCAGUUGUACAUCGACAGGAUUGUCAGUCUGCAUGGUGUACCGGUUUCUAUUGUUUCAGACAGAGGUUCUGUGUUUACUUCGAGGUUCUGGAAAGCGUUACAGGAAUCCUUGGGUUCUCGAUUGGAUUUCAGUACAGCUUUUCAUCCUCAGACUGACGGUCAGUCUGAGAGGACUAUUCAGACUUUGGAGGAUAUGCUCAGGAUGUGUAGGUUAGAGACUGCUUUUAGUCGGCAUAAGAGUUAUGCUGAUCCGAAGAGGAAAGACAUUGAGUUUCAGGUUGGUGAUUUCGUAUUUCUUCGGGUUUCGCCUAUGAAAGGCGUGGUUCGUUUUGGUGUCAAGGGAAAGUUGGCACCGAGGUAUAUUGGUCCUUAUGAGAUUUCGGAGAGGAUUGGAGAUGUGGCUUAUCGUCUGAUUCUACCGCCAGACAUGUCGUUAGUACAUCCUGUGUUUCACGUUUCUAUGUUGAGAAAGUGCAUUUCUGAUCCUUCGCACGUGAUUGUGCCUCAGAGUGUUGAGAUUGACCAGGAGCUGUCCUAUGAGGAACAGCCAGUUGAGAUUGUUGAUACGCAGGUGCGUAAAUUGCGGAACAAGGAGAUUGCGAUGGUCAAAGUUCUCUGGCGCAAUCAUUCUGUAGAGGAGUGUACUUGGGAGACCGAGUCGGAUUUUUCUGGUCGUUUUCGGUUUUGUGGUUCGAUUCGUGGCUGGUUAGAAUUUGAGGGUACUUUGCCGUCAAUUGUGCUCACAUAUUUUCUAAAUUUCUUUCAUUUUCAACCUCCUACAUCUGCUUCUAUAUUCGUUUCGUUUCCUCCCAGUGAGAGUAGACUCGAUUCUCUACGAUACCCAAUCUUGAUCUCGCAAAAAGAGAUGGUUAAUAAAUUGAUGAAGUUUGAUGUUAUGGUUCUUGGCUCUGCUCGUGAGUUUCAUAUUUAUAUGUUGGAGUUGUUGUAUAAAGAAGACGAUGACAUGUCCAACUUAUAG